GUGGCGUGUAGUAACUGGAAGAGGAUCAUGAUCGUGCUCAGUGAGAGUCUGCUCCAGGAGGGAGUUCCGUACAGGGACCCUCUGGCGGUUCCUCAGGAGAUGGUCCACAACAGCAGCCUCCACUUCACCUUCAACAAGUUCUGGAAACGCUCACGGGAAGUUCUCACGACACCUGAUGGUGGUUUUAAUAAAGGUGGUUUUGUUUAUUGUCAUGUGAAGCUCCAGAAGUACACUAAGUUCCUGUUCGCCGAGAUCCGUCUCGUCCGCCUCAUCUCAGCGAUCGGAACAAGUUUGAGCAGCCCAAUCGAGGAGUUCUCACCGCCGAUUCGCCUGCUCAUGCUCCGUCGCCAUGGUAACCACCUGAACCCUCCCGCGGCAGUGGGCUUACGCUGCCUGGUGGGAAUCUCAGCCUCCUCUGCAGGGAGUUCGCCCACUGCUAUGCCACCCUGUCAAAUACAGUAUGACUUUGUGGGUCAGCUGGAGACGGUUGAGGAGGAUGCUGAACAGCUGCUGAGGGUUUUGAAGGUGGACAACGUGGUUGACUUCCCCCCCUCUCACAGGAACCACACGGCCAGCAGCUGGCAGGAGGACUGGUUCAACAGGGUGCCCCUAGUGGCCAGGAGGGGUCUCUACAGGCUGUAUGAACCAGACUUCAGACUGUUUGGCUACUCCAGACCAGACUCCCUGCUAGACUGACUGACUACAACUACACUCAGAAAAAAUGGCUUUUCUAAAAGGGCUCUUUUCUUGUCCCCAUAGGAGAACCCUUUUUGGUCCCAGGUAUAACUUUUUGGUGGUGAAACAGGUUCUACUUAGAACCUUUUAGUGAUGAAACUGUUCCACGUAGAACCUUGAAUUAAUUAAACCGUUCUACUUGGAACCAAAAAUAGCUAUUGUCAGUGGGUUCUCCUAUGGGGAAAAUCAAAGAAUCCUUUAUGGUUCCAGGUUGUACAUUAUUUUCUAAGACCAGCCAGCCAGAGUGCUGCAUCUUCUGCUCCUGUUCUGGACUCAGCAGGAGAACAGAGGAAAGUUAGAGUUAGGUUCAACUUCCUUUGGAGAAGACUUGGACUCCUGACUGCUGGAACCCUGGUGGCUUUGAUGUCAUCAUGGAACCCUGGUGUCUGUCAUGUCAUCAUGGAACCCUGGUGUCUGUCAUGUCAUCAUGGAAACCUGGUGUCUGUCAUGUCAUCAUGGAACCCUGGUGUCUGUCAUGUCAUCAUGGAACCUUGGUGUCUGUCAUAUCAUCAUGGAAACCUGGUGUCUGUCAUGUCAUCAUGGAACCCUGGUGUCUGUCAUGUCAUCAUGGAACCUUGGUGUCUGUCAUGUCAUCAUGGAACCCUGGUGUCUGUCAUGUCAUCAUGGAACCCUGGUGUCUGUCAUGUCAUCAUGGAACCCUGGUGUCUGUCAUGUCAUCAUGGAACCCUGGUGUCUGUCAUGUCAUCAUGGAACCCUGGUGUCUGUCAUGUCAUCAUGGAACCCUGGUGUCUGUCAUGUCAUCAUGGAACCCCGGUGUCUGUCAUGUCAUCAUGGAACCCCGGUGUCUGUCAUGUCAUCAUGGAACCCCGGUGUCUGUCAUGUCAUCAUGGAACCCCGGUGUCUGUCAUGUCAUCAUGGAACCCCGGUGUCUGUCAUGUCAUCAUGGAACCCCGGUGUCUGUCAUGUCAUCAUGGAACCCCGGUGUCUGUCAUGUCAUCAUGGAACCCCGGUUUCUGUCAUGUCAUCAUGAAACUCCGGUGUCUGUCAUGUCAUCAUGGAACCCCGGUGUCUGUCAUGUCAUCAUGGAACCCCGGUGUCUGUCAUGUCAUCAUGGAACCCCGGUGUCUGUCAUGUCAUCAUGGAACCCCGGUGUCUGUCAUGUCAUCAUGGA